AUGGACUUCAAAUUCGAUCCAGGAAGUGUGAGUGUGAUUCCCUUGUGGAUCACAUUUCCAGGUCUACCCCUGGGAUUUUGGUCUACAGAAGCACUCAGCAAACUAGCUAGUGUUGUUGGGAAGCCUUUGUACACUGAUAAGAUCGCUGCUGAAAUGGAAAAGGUAUCCUAUGCAAGAGUGUUGGUGGAAACUGACAUAUCCCAACCACUACCAGAUAGUUUUGCAAUGCAAACUAAGAGGGGAGUAAUAAUUCAGCAAAUUGAAUAUGAAUGGAAGCCAAAGUUCUGUUGUGACUGCAUUAGAUUUGGGCAUAAUUCAAACGAAUGUUGGCUCAAGGAAAUGCAGGAAAAGGCAGUGGAAGUAAAGGUCCAACACAGGGAAGCUUGGAAAAAGAACCAACAGCACAGAGGGACCAUGAAAUGGAUGCCAAAAGAAAAAAGGAAGGAUGAUGUGAUUCAACAUACUAGACCUGAAGUGGGCAUGCAACAAACAAAUAACAAAGGAGAUGAGAAGCUUACUGAUAGUGAAAAAAUGAAGGGGAAAGGUGUCCAGCAAAGUGGAUCACUAAUUUAA